CGCGCAAAGCGGGGCGGGGAGGAUACAGACGCGCAUGCGCGCAAGCCUGCACGCAGCGUAAGGCCCGAGGCUCGCUUUGCCGCCGCUUUCCGUCGAGCGCCUCCCUCAGCGAACCGGCGUCAUGCUGCGGGCCUGUCACCGCGCGGGGAGCACAGCGGCUCAGGUGAGGCGAAGGAGAAAGGCGUGAGGGGGGAACGAACGGGCGGCGGGAGCCUCCUCGCGCGCGUGACGGAGGCGAAGAGCGUCCGUGAGACCGCGCCUGGCCCGUGAGGAGGAGGGAAGACCCGCGAAGGAGCCCAUUGGCUGGCCCAUAUUGGGGUGGGGGGUGGGUGGGCAGCCGGGGGCGUCGGCCGCCGAGGCGACUCGCGUGGUUUGCCUUCUUUUCAUGAAUAAAUUCAAGACUACAUUUCCCAUCAUGCACUGCGGGACGCUUGGGUCUUGUCUCUAUAUCUCUAUUUCUACCCGUAUCUCUAGCUAGAUGCGUGGCUGCAAGUCUAACCGGGGCUUUCGUAGUUCUUUAUUGCCUCAGAGGCGGGCGGAAGAGAGCGAAGCCAUGAAACGCUCGUGAGAACGCGUGCUCGCGUGCAGAGGCGGUGCUGUGGAUGGGCGCUCCCAGUUGCCGUAGGGUCGCCGCCGGAGAGAGGGCUGCUGGGUCUUGUAGGCUCCUUGGAUGUCACCUCUAAACCCAGAAACAGGGCCUCCACGGGUUUCCCUCACCACUUCUUGGGGUUUUCACGUGAAGCAGCGAACUGGCUUCCAGGGGUGUGUCCUUUGGCAAGCAGCGCUGAUCCAUUUUUUUUUAAAGCCGGCAAGUCCCUUCUCAUAGCUGGUAGAAGGACAUGACCUUGCUUUAAUUAUUCUGUGUCCUAAAGAUUACACUGUUUAAUAUCUGCGGCGAGAAGUGUGCUGGAAAGUCUGCUUCCUCAUACAUAUUAAGCAGGCUGUGGUGGCAGAAAACAUUAUCCAUUUACUCUUGAGAUGCUUGUUUGUUUUGCAGGCCACAGAAUCAAAAAGAGAUUCUAGGGCUGAGCCUGGUCGCAGAGCAAGGCCUGGUUACCCCACCUUCUUCUGUCAUUAUCCAUUUAGAGAUCUUGAAACUACUAUUCUAAUUAACUAGUAACAGUUUUGGAAAGUGUAGCGGUGUUGGAGCUUCAUACUUGCUGGGUUUUUCUUCAAAGCUUAAAAUUAUUUUUUUGCAAUCAGGUAUACCUGCCAUUUCUAUCAUGGAACUCAAGGUGGCUUUCAAUGAUAAAAUAUACAAUGCAAACAGCCCGCGUUUAUCAUUUAAGAAGCAGCAUCCAAAAAUGCCUGUUGAAACAUAGUCUUGCUGGAAAGUGUGCAGCAGUUGGGCCAGAUAAACUUCUGUCAGGGUAGGUUCUAGAUUCUGGACAUCAUAACGGCAAAAACAAAACAAAAACCCAAAAUUUUCUUGUGCACACCCACCACAUUUCUAAUGAUUGUGGGGGACUCAGAGCAGAGCCUCAGAAGUAGAUCUUAAUGCCUGGGGAGUUUCCUUUCUGAUGGGUUAUUAUUGAAAUAAACUGGUCCUAGACUUAUGCCUUCAAAAGUUAACAAUAAUAAUUGCACUUUGAAUUGAGCCCAGAGACAAAUUGGUAACCAGUAAAGAUGACACUGGAUCAUUAUAAUAUCACACACACACACAUUCUGCGGUAAUGUGAAUUCAGAGCACCUUUAAGAUAAUGGUGAACAGUAAAACAAUGUACCUGUAUUAAAAGGGGGAAAAACACAUGAAAAAAAUGCAUCAAAAAGAACAGCUUAAAGUGGUAGUGAAAAAAGACAAUGGCAUACUUAAAACUUUCCAAGAUGUAAGCCCUGCUGAGUAUAGUGGCACUAACUGCUGAGUAAACAUGUAGGAUUAUGCCGAUAAAGACCUUGCCAUAGGAACACCCACUGAAAUCAGCCCUGUUUUUAACAUUCUAAAAAUGGACAAUGUGGUUUUCCAUCAAGCAGUCGGGGUGGCACAAUUGAAGAGCCCCACUUGCUCGCUUAUUCCUGCCCACUGAAUUCUGAUGUUUAGAUUAGUGGAGCAAGAGCUUUGGUGGGUGUUCUUAAAGUGUUCUUUUUGUGAAUCCUGUUAGAAAAGGAACUCGAAGAUGAAGUUGGAAUGGAGCCCCAGAUUGCUUAUUGCAGAGUUGUUCUUUUUUAUUUAUUUAGAAAGAAGGCAAAAAGGGAAAUUCAAAGAGACAGCUGUGAAAAUGUCUGCGACUAUGACCAAGGCUGUAAUCCUAUAUGCACUUAGUAGCAGUGAGCCCCAUUGAGCAUAAUGGGUCUUACGUCUGAAUAAAUAUUCAUGGGGUUGUACUGUAAAACAUAGCCAGUUUAUACAUACUUUGGUGUAACUCAUGUUAAAUGUUAGUGGGACUUCGGUAAAUGUGCAUGUGGCUGCAUAUGUCAUUUUGUUGAAUUUUCUGACCUUCUCUAGAAAGUACUUAAAAUAUGUUUUUAAACACUGUAAGUAACUUUCAUAUGUUUUGCUCUUGCUGUUCAAUGACAAGACAAUCUUACCAUCUGGUCUAUAAUCAUUUGUACAGUUCAGCAGAGAGAGAAGUUCAGGCCUGUGCACUAUAAAGUUGCAUAUAACUGAAUGAAUUGUAAAGUGAGAUUAUUGCAUUUCUGUAUUCUAGGUUUGUGGGGCACCCUUGGGGUACAUUGGGCUGGAAAAUACAAGCUAUUAAACAACAGAGCUUAGCAUAUAGAGUAAAAGCCUUCACGCAAAUUGACCAAAUACUUUAUUAUGUGACUAUUUUGAAGCCAUCGAAGUCUCACAACUAUAUGCCAAUUCUGAUCUUUUGAGCGUGGGUGUUCAAAUUCUGGAUGCCAAUCUGUCUGGCAUUUUCAAAAUUAUGUUUUCAAUUGAUGGAAACUCCUGUGCUAGGGUGUGUCAUGGAACACAGACUUCCAGAGUUUUCUAUUUCCUAACUUCACAUAUGGUUUUAAUGAAGGUUUUGGGCAUCUGUUCUUCCUGUGGAAAAACAGAGUUAUGCCAACACUUUUAAAGCAGUAUUACAGUACCGUGGGGAUUUUUUAAAAAAAAGUUUUUUCCCCACAGAAAGAUACUUGCUUGUUAGUGGCAAACCUUUUUAGAUUGGUAUAUUAAAAAUGAUUGCCAGAAUAUCAUGGGCAUGUGUGAAUAUUCUGUAUAACAUUGCAGCAGCUCAGUGAAGGGAAUUCUAAUUUCAGUAAGUUGUUGCAGUUUUUAGCUAAUUAAGUUUUAAAACUAACCUGUGUCUGACUGAAUUUAAUAUUGCUAUUAAUAUUUAGAUGCCAAUAUUUACAACCCUGCAAGCUUUUUGUGUGUGUGUUAAUUUAGGUUCUGUAAACUGAUAGCAAUACUGUUCAGAGUGACUCAAUUUAUCAAUCGUUUUGAAAGAGACCUCUUGAAAUGAGAUAGUGUUAUAUCAUGAUUGCAAGAUUUCCUCUCAAUAGUAAAUAAGGUUUGUAAGCUUUUUAAGAUCGUGGAAUGAGGGAUAAAAGGUAAUCUGCUUUGUAUAAUUUUCAGUUAGCGUGUCUGGAUCUGAGGUUACAAUAUUUCAUGAUCUUGCAAUGGAGUUAGUUAGAUAAAUACGCUACUCGGUUUGUUUAAGUGUAUUAAUGCAACUGUAUCAGUAGUCACUUGCUUGGUUACCUGUGGGAAAUAAAAAUGGCUUCCAGAUGACCAGACAUGGUAGUUUUAUUAAAUAACAAGAACGUUAAUGGUUGGUGUUCCUUCAGAGUGGGCCACAAAUUUUCUGUAUGGGUAUGUGUUGGCAGAAGGGAUAAUGAGAUAAUGUUAUUUGCAAGUCUCCUCUUAACAAAAAGCAAAGCCGCAGCAACAGAACAAUGAUUCUGUGAUUCUUUUUGAGCUACGUGGAAUGGGUUUGAAUGGAGCUAUUGUUAAUCACAAGUUUCUUCUUUUUCCUUUAGACUUGUCUGUGUGGGAGAAGUUCAGUCCGUCCAUUACGUCUGGGUCGUGGAUAUGCUACAUCUGGAGAAUCUGGGUAGGUAGAUCCAUAAUUUAUUUAUUUUUUAAAUAAAUCCUCAGUGGGGUAUUCCUUUUGCUAGAUAAACCAGUGCUUAGCAAAACAUUUUUUUGUUCAUUGAGUCAAAAAAAGUGAACAAGUGUGAGACAGCCUUUUGCCACAUAAUUGUGCCCCCUCCACAUAGAUCAGCCAAGCCCAUUCUGCACAUCAUGUCACCAGCUGGUGUGAAUGUGUGAAAGGAAUUUAUGUGUGGUAGCUAGAUUGCAGAGCUGUGUGGUUUCUGCCCUGAUGGUGCUUUGACAGUGGCUGGCUACUAUACCAUUAUUAUUUUAAUUCCCUUUAUUUAUAUCCUGUUCUUCCUCCCAAAGGAGCCCAAGGUGUUAGAGAAAGCCCUUGGGCUUAUUAAAUGUACAAGGCUAAACAUUACUAUUUUAUUUAUUUAUUCAAUUUAUAUACCACCCUUUAUCAAAGGAUCUCUGGGUGGUGUAAUGGAAUAGAAACUGUAAUAAGAUUUUCGUCUUAUUUACAACUGUCCUGUCUAUCUAAGUGUUUUGUAUUAAAUCCCUUUCUGCAUAUCCUGCUUCAGCCUCCUUAAUUAAAGGGUCAACAUUAUUUUAAUUGGCUUAGAAAAUAUUAGACAGCUGUAGCUCUAGGUACUGAACAUCUGUAAUCCUUGAUGCUUUCUGACUUGUACUAUAAAUUUAUUGUAUAUCAGCAUGGACUUUCUUUUUAAACAGUGUCUCUGCAGGCAAAAUCAUAGGAGCCAGUGUUUUGUUUGUUGGUGGAGGAGUAGGCGGAACUAUUUUAUAUGCUAAGUAUGAUCCACGCUUCCGAGAAAAUGUAGAGAAGACCAUCCCUUAUUCCAGCAACGUCUUUGACAUGGUACUGGGUCCUUCUUUUAGUAUUCCAACACCAAAGAAGCCAGUAAGUUUCUAUCUUUGCUUUAAUAACACAUCUGUCAUUUUUCCAGUUCUUAAGUUGUGCUAUAGAUUUUGCACGCUUAAUGCCACUGGGAAACAUAAUUGAUUAGAAAGCUGGAUAUGCUAUUCACUGUCCUCAGGCUUCAUAACUGUGAUUCAACUGCUGGGUCAGAGUUCUUGUUGUAAGAUUUUCAUGGGUAUGCUGAAAGAGGCUGUGAUUGCAUGGGUUAUGAAGAUAUACUGCCAUUUUACUUAAAAUGUAUGCUGUUUAAAGCUGCAUUUGCACACUUCUAUUCCUGAUUCUUUUACUCCUGUCAAAAUAUAUUGGUUAACUGCCACACUUUAUAGCAUUAUACACGUUUUCAUUGGGAUAAACUGGCGAAUUGUCAGAUUCCAGUUCUGAGAGAGUGCUUGCUUAUUAGUUUCAGAGAAGACAGGAUUUCACCAAGUGCCUUCUGUUCCCCUUGUAGUCUCAUGUUGACAAUGAGUGCCCUUUGUGAGUGCCUUCACAUGUGCACACGACCUUUCAGUGUGUUGACAUGCUGCGCACUGAAAGAGAUAAUCUAGCCUUGGGAUAUGUUGUCACUUUGAAAUGUUGUUUCUCUUCUGCUGCUUUUCUUACACUGCCCCAAACUGCUUCUUCCAUCUUGCGCAGGGUGGGAUUGAUGGGAGUUGUAAUUCUGCAACAUCCGGAAGGCCACAAGUUAUCCACCCCAGUCUAGGAGUUUUGCGUAUUUAAGUGGUAUAUCUGUCUUACAGGCAUUCUUCAUAGUAUGCAAUUCACUGAGAUUUCCCCCCCAUACUCACAGAUACAGUCGGGUCCAUUGAAAAUCUCCUCUGUAACAGAGGUAAUGAAAGAAUCUAAACAACCUGCUGCCAAAAUUGCAAAGAGUAAAACAGAGGAACCUUCAGCUGCUAGUGAGAAAAAAGAAGGUAAGAUAUGAUAGCUAUGGACCUUAUAAAAAUAUGCAGGAUAGGGCUGACUUGUUUAUGAGCAAUUUAUGUUUUGGAACUUGAAACUACAGUCAUACCUUGGAAGUCAAAUGGAAUCCGUUUCGGAAGUCCGUUCAACUUCCAAAACGUUUGAAAACCAAAGUGCAGCUUCUGAUUGGCUGCAGGAUUAAAGAAUGUUCCUUUGCAACCUUUCCUUCCAAAAACUCACAUACAGUUGCAAAAUUCUGCGUUGCGUUCAUAUGGUGCAGAAAGCAUGGCAAUCUAAAUUACUAAAUUUUAUAUCUCACCCUUCCGCCAAAAGAAGCCAAGAUGGCCAACAUCUGCAAUAAAAAUACAAUUUAAAAAAACCCCACAUAAAACAUUGUAAAAGCAUUAAAAACUUCUAAAAACACAAUGAAACAUGUAACCAAAUCAUCAGCCUGGAUAAGCACACUGAAACAAAAACGUUUUCCACAGGCGGUUCUUCUUGACACCUGCAUUAAAUAAUUCAUCCUUCUACAGUAUUGACUCAGUAUAGAAAAUGAGGCCUGUACUGGUGUAAAGACUCCUAUAUCACCACCAUCCAUUUAUGGAACAAUUGAGAGAGAAAUAAGCCAGUUAAUUUGGACAUUCACUUUUAAUUUAUGCCCAGCCAAUCUGGUUAUAGCCUGGUGAGAUUGACAUGUGCUUGGCAAAAUUGGAAGGGUUGUGGUCAGCAUGGCAUUUAUCUUUAUUUGAGGUGGAAAUGCCCGCGGCUAGAGAGAUUUCGCGAUGAGAUACUAAGGAGAUCAGCAUUGUAACUGGACAAACAACUGUUGAAACAGGAAAAAUAAUCAUUUUUCAUUGUUUUAUCUGUGGGUGUGUGAUUAUAGUACUUGCAGAUUUGAUAUUCAUACCUGUUGCAGCCAGACUUGUGAUAACAUAACUGUGGAAGUGAAGUAGAUCCCCUACUAUAGUUCUUGGGUAUAGUGAACUUUGGAAAAUAGACACUGGGACGCUUAGACAUCAAAUCCACAUAUUUGAAGGGCAAGUAGAAUGGGAUGUCUUUUUUGCAGAAUGAGGUUUUUUUUAUUUGUCAUGCAAAUAAGCCAGAUAGUACAAGGAUGAUACCAGCACUACAUGACACAUUUCAGAAAAGUAAUUAAUGAUUGGAGUGUCCAGGAAGGUACGACCAUCUCAUGUUUGCAUAUUCCUUACACAUCUUUGUCUGAUGAAUACGAUACUGAUGGAUUCCUUCUUCUUUAUUAUACCUGCAAUGGCAGAGAAUAUUAUGUUUUCUGGGUUGUCAUAUAGUUCUUGUUAUUUUUUUGUUUAUUGGUGUUGCCGUUUGAAUCACACAAACUGUGUUUCUGAAUAAAGUUUUUCAAAAACCUCAAGAAAGAAGAGCAAGGACCAAAUAAAAGAGGUUUAGAAUCUUCAAAUCGUUUCCCUUUUUCUUUUUUCAAAAGUUACUCCAUUCUGAUGGUAUGUCAGUUUAUAAAUUUUUUGUCAUGGUUUUAAUUUAUGUUUGCAUGUGGAUAAUUACAGCAUCUUCAGAAGCGGCUCAGAUAAUUUCAGCGACAGGUGAAGCUGUUUCCGUUCCAGCUCCAGGCAUGCAGGAGACAGAACAGAGCAAAAGUCAUGCACCUCUUGAAGGAAAACACAAACCUCCUGACCUAGGUAUUGUUUGGUUCUUUUUGCAAACUCCUGGCCUCUUUACUUUUGAAAUCCUGAAAGAAAAGAACUUUGCAAAACUAGAGUUAAAUUCUGACGAAUCCCUUUGUUUGUUCCAUUGUUCCCUCUGGUGGCCUUAUCAAAUUUUAAUCAAGAUACACGAAGGAAAAGGGAAUAUAUUUGUAAGUGAUGAUAGAAUUCACCAGGGGUCCAGACAUUUUGAUUGGCUUCAAUAGCCUUGCCAGAAUCUCUGUUAUAAGGACCUUCCUCCUGCCCUUCAAACAGUCUUAAUACAGUACAUGUUUCUCUGGAAGAAAGUCAUUUUUCUUUGCCCAAUAAAGCUUACUCCCAGGUCAGGAAGUGACUGUAGAGUUGAAAGCACAGGUGACUUCCUCAUGCUGUGCCUCCAUGGGAUAUUGAAGAGAGUUUCUUCUCAGGUCCAUACCUUGGAGAUGGGAACAGGCAAUCAUUUUGGGCAUUAACUAACCAAGGUGUCCUCAGUAUCUUGGCUGCCCACCACACUCAGGUCCAGUUUGCCUUCUGGGGCCAGAGGAAAAUCCACCACUAAAAUGGGCAUUCUCAACAUACCCCUCUACCUUGAAGUGGGCGGAGAUUUUCUCUUUUGUUAGAGCAACCCUUCAAAGGUCUGAAUUGGUGCAGAGAUGACCCCAGUUUCGAAGCUAGAGAGGAAGGCUGGGGCUCUUAGUAUUACACUUGUUAGAAGGUGAACAGAAAUACGGAACAGGGGUGGUUACUCUGUAGUGUUAAGUUCUCGCUGAUUUCUGAAUGUAAUGUCCUGGCCUAGCACAUUGUCACCUUGCUGAAUUUAUUAUUGCUACGUGGAUUGGUUUAAUCAUGGAGCAUGACCAGCCAAGAGAUCAGCUUGUUGGCAAAAGACACUUCUAGAACACUGACCUCUCGGCUGUUUCUUAACAGUGAAAUAGCUGCCUCGUGAACAAACUUCUAUCAAUCUUGGUUUUAGUUUUCAGUGUUUUAUUAAAAUGCAAACCUUUAUACCUAGGUGAACAACGUGUAAAAGAGAGGCCAGCUGAUGAGGUUGCAGCUCGUCUUGCAAAGCAAGAUAAAGAGGAACAAGCGAAGGUUUCUGGUAUGUAGGCAAGCAGUAUACUUUGGCAGUUUCAAGUUCGGCUUGCUUUUCAGCUGCAAGAGUAGCUGUGUGAUAAGGGUGGCUAGUUUUUUGAAGCUGAAAGCUGUUUUCAUAAAAUUUCACUUUGCCCUGUCAGCUUCGUCUUGGCAUGAAAAUGAUCUACCUGGGGAGGGGUAUACUUUGCCCACGUUUUCAGAAAAACCCUUUGAAGAAUGUCUGAGUUGCAGUAGUUUAAGCAUUUUGCUUUGGAGCGGAAGCGUCUCUAACCAUUCUUCUGCCCUCCCAGAAUGUAACUGAAACUUAUUUUGGUGUAUAGAUUUACAAAUUGUUCAAUUCCCGCCCUUAACUGCUAUGUCAUGUAAUCAGUGGAACCUGUUGUACAGUUUCACACCUUACAUUCACUCGCAGCUUAGGGUCUGUGCAGUAAUGCUUUCCCCAGUUGAAAGCCAAUCAAAGCAAAAAAUGUCUUCACUUGUUUCUGGAAAGUGCAGAUAGUGGGCACAUGUCAUAUCUCAACAGGAAUGCUGUUCCACAGAAUAGGAGCAGCUGCACUGAAAGCUCUUAUCCAAAUUGCUGCGGAUACAAUCCAAAUUGUAUUUUUGGAACUUGUGGGAGUUCUCCUGCAGACUGAAAUGACCUGGGUAUAUAGGAAUAACCUGGUCUCUUAAGUAACCUAGUCCUUAGCUGUACAUGGCUAUAUGUGUGGCUCAAGACCAUACAGUGGAACCUCGGUUCCCGAACGCCUCCGUUGUCAUACGUUUCGGUUCUCAAACGCCCAAAACCCAGAAGUAAAUGCUUCCAUUUUCAAAUGUUUUUCGGAACCUGAACAUGCGACGUGGGUUCUGCUGAGUGCAAGAACCUCUUGCAACCAAUGAGAAGCCGCGCUUCGUUUUUUGAACGUUUCAGAACGUUUCUUCUGGAACAGAUUUUGUUUGGGAACUGAGGUACCACUGUAAUACAUAAACUACCUUUCCCCAUCUGCACCAACCCAGAUCCUGUGAUCAUAAUCUCAGCCCCUUCUUCAUGUGCCUGCUCCAUGAGAUGUCUGGAGGGUGGCAACAUGUGAAUGGGCCUUUCCUAUAGUGGCUCCCCAUUCGUACAGUGCUCUCGCCAGGGAGGCUUGCCUACUGCUUUCAUUACAUAUCUUUAGGCGCUAGGCAGAAAUGUUCCUCUAUAACCAGGCCUUUGUCUGAUUAAAAAAUCUGUGGCCUUUUUCAAAGUGUGGGAGUUUGAUUCUUUAAUUUUGCUUUUGCAUUUUUAUGCUGUAAGCCGUCCUGUAAUCUUCAGAUGAAGGGUUGUAUAUAAAUUUAAUCAAGAAAAUACAGUAAAUUAUAUGUUAGCUCCAGCAUCGUGAACUUGGCUUAGUAGCAGAUUGGGCAGCUAAUGCAAAUGCAUAAGCUGGUGGUAGUUUGCCCCCAGAAGCAGCCUAGCUGCCAUAAUCUGAGCCAGCGGCGUGGACCAGACGUGUAUGGAAAGAAGGAAAUACAAAACCAUGCAAUGCAAGGUGAGAAGUGGACAAGCCAAAUUGUUUUACUUCUUCUCUCACCAGCUCUUGCAGCGACCUUGGAAAGUGCUUUGAACGGCACUGCUCGUGCAACCGUGCAUGCGAUUACACUCCAGGAGGCUGCCGUGCAAGCUGUCAAUCUUCAUGCCCAGAAGUUAAGAGAGGCUAUGGAUAAUUCUGAGGUGUGUGUGUUUGCUUAAUUAAUUACUUUAAAAUGUGACGUAAUUAAAUACAGUGAUGCCCCGCAAGACGAAUGCCUCGCAAGACGAAAAACUCGCAAGACGAAAGGGUUUUCCGUUUUUUGAGCUGCUUCGCAAGACGAAUUUCCCUAUGGGCUUGCUUCGCAAGACGAAAACGUCUUGCAAGUUUGUUUCCUUUUUCUUAACACCGUUAAUACAGUUGCGACUUGACUUUGAGGAGCAACUCAUAGAACGCAGUGUACAUAGUAGCGCUUUUUGAGGUUUUUAAAGACUCUGGUGAUUUUUGAAGCUUUUCCAAAACUUCUUUUGCAGCCAUUUGGUAAGUUAAGCUUUUAAAACUUUUUUGGGGGGUUUUGGAUUUUGGGUUGGGGUGUUUGGAUUUCAAGGACUUGGUGUUGGGGAGGGGUUUGCAAGAAUCUGGAAGCUUGUGUGUUUUUUUCCUGCAUUUUUAUGAUUUUCUGUGACCAUUGGGCCACUCUGCUGUUUUUUUAAAAAAAUUCUGGAUUUGAAUUUCUGUGUGCUGGGUGGCUGGGGGAACAGUUGGGGAGGGGUUUGCAAGAAUCUGGAAGCUUGUGGGUUUUUUUCUGCAUUUUUAUGAUUUUCUGUGACCAUUGGGCCACUCUGCUGUUUUUUAAAAAAAAUUCUGGGUUUGAAUUUUGAAAUGCUCUUUACAGUAUGUGUGACUUUAAAGAGCACUUAAUAAACUCGUGUUGUACCAAAUUUGGCUUUGUUUGGACUUUUUUUGACCAUAGGAACGCAUUAAUUGAUUUUCAAUGCAUUCCUAUGGGAUUUCGUGCUUCGCAAGACAAAAAAUUCGCUAGACGAAAAAAUUCGCGGAACGAAUUAAUUUCGUCUUGCGAGGCACCACUGUAAAUCCAAAGCUACUUGGCUUUCUAAUAGGAAAGUGAGGUAAAGGUCAUUGUUGUCAUAGUUAUUUGUAAUAUAGGAAAGGAAUUUUGCCAGGACUUCACAAAAAAAGAACUGUGUGUGUGUGUGUGUGUGUGUGUGUGUGUGUGUGUGUUAUUUAAGAUCUGUAUGAAUCUGCCAGGAUAAGUCAUCCAGAGUUUUGGAAUUGAGUAUGAUCUGUAUGCAAGCUUCAUCCAGCUCUCCUUUUCAUUGGACCCAAGUGUAGUUGUGCAAUGGGUAAACGGCUGGAUGAAAUCUGACCCCUCUUUGCCAAGAUUGCUCACAAGAGACCUGUCAUUCGCUUUACCAUACCACUCGCCCUUCAUGGGAUUAGGAACAUGACUGUCAGGAAGCCCUUAUUUAUUAUUUAACCCUACUUUGCUGUUACUAUGAUGUUUCUCCAUGGGACAACUGUUGCCAAGAGAAGGCUUUUCUUGAUAGAUAUCUAUAGAUAGGUGUCAAGUUGUUUACUGGCAGGAUUCCUAUUAUCCAUGCUGCUACGAUCACCCAUGCUCCCUUCCUUCCUUUGUCCACUGUCUGACAAUCCUGGGUAUCUUCUGUCAUCAACACUUGAGGAUCCCCUCGUUAUUUUGGUUCCAAGGACUGAUGUUAUGAGUAGUUCUUAAUACUGUAUUUGUGUCUUUAUGUACCUUGAUUAAUACUAGCUUUUACUCAGUAUAAUGGCCUUCCACCUGGUGCUGAUCCCAGCCUCCAGUCUGACUUUGCCUCAAGUGCCUCCAUGACCACCUUCCAAUGAAGGGUUUUUGGAAAACCUGCACAGUACCUGUGGGACAUUAAGAACGUUCAACCUCAGGACUCUUGCUCUUAUUUGCUUUAGUGCAUCUUCACUGACAAGACCACAGCACCAUCUGCAGAUGAGCAGCAUGUCUCAUAUGAUGAGAAUAUGAUGUUCUUAGAGAGAGAGAGAGAGAGAGAGAGAGGAAGAUGGAGAGGUCUGGAUCCAUCACAGCUGCAGACAUGACCUGGUGUCCUAGCCAGAAUGAUUGGUCUCAGCCAUUAAUGGAUGUGGGUUCUAGUUAAGCCCUGCUGUCUUCCUAUGACAGUUUUCUGUGAUUAUGAUGGUUUCAUUUUGAUAUUUUCAUAUAGUGCUGCCUUGGUUUACAACCAUAAUCUGUUCCGGAGAUCUGGUUGUAAACCAAAAUAGGUUGUAACCCAAGGUGCGCUUUCACCAAUGGGGCCUCCCAAAAAAAUGGGUUGUAAUUUAAAAAAAAAAGGGGUUGUAAUCCAAAAAAAGGGACACACACUUCCGGGUUUGACGUGGUUGUAAUCCAAAGUGGUUGCAAACCAAGGUACCACUGUACUUGGUUUCUUCAACUAUAUCUGAGAAGGUGACUCUCAUGAUAACUGGAAAUUUUUACUCACUGAUGGAUGGAUGGAGUUACCUGUUUCUGUAUAUACUGCUUCAUCAGAGCAUGAUGUAGGUCUGAUCUUCCUUUUCUGCUGCUUGUGUUACAUCGUGCAGACUUAUUGUCUGCUUCUGUAGAGAAACGUUUGUAAAAAUACAUGUUGCACAACAAAUUUGAUGGCAAACUAAUCAUUUUCCAUGUUCUUUGUAAACGUGUAGAAUUUAUCAGCUGAGGAGGCAUCUGAUAGAUUUUUGGCAACUUGUGUAUGUGUGUGCUGAUUUCUAACAAGCAGUUUAUUACCUGAGAGAUUGAGGAUGAUUGUGCAUUUUGCUAGGUUCCAAGUGAUAAAAAGGCAACUCAGUGGAGGACAUUGGAGGAAGCGUUGAAGGAUCGUAGAAGAGCUGUGGAUGAAGCUGCAGAUGUCCUUUUAAAAGCCAAGUAAGAGUUCUUAGCUUCAGCAGUAAUCCGGUAGAAAGCAAACAAUGGGAUUUUAUGAAAUUAAGAUGAUAAAAAUAAUAAUAAAAUGUUUAAAUGUGACUAAUAGAGCCUAAUAUGGGGCUACGCACGUAAAAUAGCUUUUUAUGCAGACAUCAAGCUUGAUGUUCAGUGGUUAGGAAUGGUAGGCUCAGCCCUCAUCCCAAAAUCACUCCCAAACAUGCCAUGGACUGACAGAUUUUAUAUUUCACGUUUUUCUUUUAACAGACAGUGAAUAUUAAUAUAGCUAAUUGGUGGCUUCUGAUUCUGUUUAGAGAAGAAUUGGAGAAAACGAAGGAAGUGAUUGAUGGUGCCAAGAAGUCUCAGAUUCCUGGGGCCAAGCCUCACAUCCAAGCUGCAGAAGAGAACCUUCGUCAUAUGAUUGUUGAUCUGGACAAUGUGGUCAAAAAGGUAAACUUUGGCCAAAUUAGCUUUAAUGAUUUCCAAUUGGAUGCUUAUGAAUAUCCAGUUGGAUGCUUAUGAAUAUGAUUUCCAGUUGGAUAUUUAUUCACAUUAUGAAUAUAACAGAGCACUUGAGUACUUGUGAGAUUGUCUUUGGGAUACCAGAGUAUCUGAGAACUAACCACAUCUUCUAAACUGUUGUAUUUGAACCAUAAGGAAGUAGAGAGUGGUGAAAAAGUCUUAUGACUUUUUUACGUUGGCAGAAUCUGUGAUAUGAGUUGUACAGGGCUUGAGGCAAUGAUAGUCAUUGGGUACAGCCAGUGCUCCCCCCCCCCCCAAAAAAUGUUUGGGGUACUCUCAUUUUCCUACUCAUAUUGAAAUACUGCCCCUCAAUGAGGCCAAACUUAGAUUCACAAAAUGUUUAGGGGUAUGUGUCCUCCCAGAAAAAAAACACUGGGUACAGCACAUAAAAGCACGGCUAUACUCAGAGAUGGCACUAUGCUGCUUUUUCUUGACCUCGAGCCUAAGAUUCAGGGAAUCUUUUUGAGUACAGGCAACCUCCCAUUUACGCAUGUUCAAUAUGUGCGCAACUGUGCACACACGUAUUGCGCCAAAUUUGGAAGCGACUCCAAAAGGGGCGUGGUGGGGGCAGAACAGGGUGUUUGCAGAAUUUUUCAAUUAUAUUUCAUAUAUACGCAAUUUCACUUGAAUGUGUGGUGCCUUGGAAUUAAACUUCUGGAUAAAUUGGGAGUUACCUGUAUUUGCUCAGCUCUUUGUCAUUCUCCUUAAGAUAUUUCAAAAUCAAUGUUGUGGGCUGUGGCUUUUACAGCUGGUUGCUAAUGUGAUCUGGCACAGUAGCUCUCUGUGCAUGUCUCUCUUAAGCUUCUGGAAACUGGAGAGACUACAUCUCUUUUUAGAACUGCUCUUUGUGAUUUAACUUAGUAAGCUUGUUCAGGUAAUCUGUUUAUUAAGCUGAGAACAGCACAAGCCUUUUGCCUGUGCAUGGAGCCGCUUUGCUCCUUCCUCUGCACCAAACAAGUACGAAGCCUCUAAUUAACCGUAACCCCCCAUUCACCCAAAUUGGAAAACUAUGGUUACCAGCUUUGGAAGAAGCUAAUAAUAAACCUUAGUUGAAUAUCCUGGCUUGUUCAGAAGCCAGUUAAUCAUUGUUUCCUGGUUUGGAUGAAAUGGGAAAAUGUGGCUAAUUUUGGAUUUCCUGGUAUUUUCACUGCCAAAGUAUGCAGGCAAGACUUCUGCCAAUUUUGUUUUAGCUGCUCUUAUUUUGUAACUUUUUAAAAAUGUGUUUUGGUUCUGAUUUUUGUAAUGUACCAAACAGAGUAAAAAUGUUUAAACCAAUGAACCAGUUAGUGGCUGUGCAGUAAUUCAAUGUCCCUGUUCCUUAUCUCCUCUGUCUUCAAGAGGGAUAACAUGUCUGCCUGUAUAGGCUUUCUGUUGAAAUGUGAUUCCUCUGCCUUUCUUUUAUUAGAUUCUGUAUGCAAUGCAAAUGUAGUUGUCGUAGUUUAGGUCUUUCAAGUUAGAAAAUAUCAAAUAUUUUGUUUCUGCUCUGAACAUUAAGUACAUUCAGAUGAACUACCCCUCCCUGCUUUAACUACAUGUAUGUACAGUUAGACCUUUGCCCUCAUUUCCAGCUGAAUAUAUAAUGCAGUGACUUCUGGUAUCUGCAAAGAGUGGUUAAUGAAUUGGGAUGACUAUUAGACUAUUAUUUCAUUUUUAAUCUUCAUGGUGUUGCCAGCUAUAAAUAUUUGCAGUGCCUGCCUUAAGAAUUUUUUUCUUUUCUCUGUUUAUUCCUUAGGUUCAAGCAGCCCAGUCAGAAGCUAAGAUAGUAACUCAGUACCAUGAACUUGUAACCAAAGCAAGAGAAGAAUUUCAGAAAGAGCUUGAUAGUGUUACUCCAGAAGUUCAGUCUGGUUGGAAGGGACUAAGUAAGUAAUAUGUUUAGUUGUGGUCCUGACCAUCUCUACUGGUACGCCAAAGUUUAGAGCACUAAAUAAAACUUUCAUUGAUUUCCCAAUUUGGCCCAGGAGCCCAUUCCUCACAAAGCACACCUAACAUAAUAUGUGAUAUCAGGUGUGGGGCAGGUACAAGACAGUUACAAAGGAACAAUUAGGAACUUAAAGGGAGCUCUUGAUUGUUCCUUUGCAAGCAGGGCUCUCUUGUCACUUUGAUCAACUAUAUUAUAGUGGUCCUUGUUUGGGAACUUACGGGUUUGGUGCACAGUCACACAUAUAUUGGGCAUGGCUAAAACGUUUGCCGCCUUAUAUAUUUGAGCUUUCAAUAAGCAGAGGGGGUUAGGGUCAAAAAUUAAAAUGGGUGGAAAGCUAAAAGCAUUUAAAAACCACAAAUUAGAAGUAAAAGAAAAAGUGUGUUUGUUAACCUAGAUAAAGUCUGAUUGUUUUACAGAAAAAAGGGAGGCGGGAUGUACAUUUCCUUAAUAAAUAGAACAUAUUGCUGUUGGAACAGUAGUUAUGAGAGUUUGUUUCCGUCACUCUGCUCUCAUCUAAGUAUUUAAUAGAAAGGGUAAAGGAAUAACAGAUAAACUAUGGCUGAAUAACACAUUUGAAGGGAGUGUGUGCCUGUGCUCUCAGUUUAUCUGAACUGGGGACACUAAGUUGUACCUUCUCAGAGGGGAGUAUAAUAAUAUUUUUAAGGUGGAUAUCAGCAUGCACACUCUAGCACUGUUUGCACUUUUAAAAAAGUGCAUGAAACCUGGGCUUUUUGAGUUUGGUGGGGUCUAAUAAAGCUUUUCUGAAGGACAGAAAAUCUUUUGAGGGGGGGAAACACCAGGCGCCCUUCACCCUCUCCAAUUAAUGGCUGUAAUUAGCUUAGAUCAUUGUAAGCCUCCACACUUCAGCAUGGCCCAGAUGGUUUUAUAAAAUGAACCAUUCCAUGCUGUAAAGGUAAAGGGACCCCUGACCAUUAGGUCCAUUCGUGACCGACUGGGGUUGUGGCGCUCAUCUCGCUUUAUUGGCCAAGGCAGCUGGCGUACAGCUUCCGGGUCAUGUGGCCAGCAUGACUAAGCCGCUUCUGGCGAACCAGAGCAGCGCACGGAAACGCCGUUUACCUUCCCGCUGGAGCGGUACUUAUUUAUCUACUUGCACUUUGACGUGCUUUCGAACUGCUAGGUUGGCAGGAGCAGGGACCGAGCAACGGGAGCUCACCCCGUCACGGGGAUUCGAACCGCUGACCUUCUGAUCGGCAAGUCCUAGGCUCUGGUUUAACCCACAGCGCCACCCGCGUCCCUUUUUUGAAAGUCCCUUUUUUGAAGGUCCAUGCUGUACUUUCAAGUAUAUCCUUUAUUAAUGAUUGAAUUGUCUGCUUGCACCUGUGCUCUUCCACUCCUGCAUGCUUCUAACAGCUCGUUGAUCUGCUUCUGUGGACAUGCUUUAAUUUUUCCAAACCUUCAUUUUCUCUUGCAGAGAUAACUGAUAUCGGUGAGUUCUUUUCUCAUUUCUGCUUUCUGUAAACGCUGUGUGUCUUGUGCAUUUCUUCUUGGGAAUGGGAUGGCAAGUACAUGUAUCCAUGUUGCUUCAGUUGUUUGGAUUUUUACUUCUAAGAGUAACUAGAGGCUCUGUUUUGGUGUGUAACUAAAAAGAAGAUGAUCUGUUUUGACAGUCACAAGGCUGUGAGUGUAGAUAAUCAUCAGUGCACCUGUAGUCAUAUGUGAUGUUGACAUGAGUAAAAUCCCCUAAGCUGUCUGCAGAUAACUGUUUUACAGAUGGCUGGAAUGUAGAACGUAAAAAACGGUCACUGUUAGACCUGUGCCACUAACCUUCAUUCCCUUUGAGAAAAUCUACUCUAGCAGAAGAGUCAGCUGUUAAAGUCCCAAGAGCAAAACAUUGGUUUCUGCUUACACCAACCCCUCUGUAGACUAAGCAAAUUGACCAGUGGGGAGCAUGUUGCAGUAAAUGCCCAUCUUGUAUAUCAUGCAUGCACAUACUACACAAAUACUAUGCAUCGGGUGGUUCAUGCUUUUCAAAGUUAAGUUAUAGCUGACACUGGAGAGAGAUAAACUAGAUACUUGGGAUAAACUAGAUACUUGUGUGCUGUAAGAACCUCUAAUAUCAAACCAGUUUCAACAUGAAUGCUUUUGCCGGCAGACUUCAUCCUUUAUAUUCAGCCCAAAAUAUUUGCUGCAGUAUUCUUUGCAGCUAUUCCAGUGUUUCAUUUGGCUCUGUGAGAAAUAAAAGUACAGUACACAAAUUUACUUCUUAACAUUAUUGUUUUAACGGUAGUUGGUUGACUCCAUGAGACCAUUCAGAAAUCCCUGAUUUAAGCUCCCUCCUCCAAUGCAAUUUUUGUCUUUCUUUUUCACAUGAAUCCACAAAGCUCACUGUAUAUGCUAUGUUUUUUUGUUUUGUUUUGCUUGAGAUGAUCUUUGGGUAAGAAAAUACACUUGAAAAGUAUAUUUUUGCUUUUAUCUGGUUAGGUCUCUGGGCAUGACUUUUUUUCCUCCUUUCAUUUAAUACUAGUCCCAGGCCCCAAAAGGUAUCCUGAAAUUUUAGACUCAGCACAGAUGACAUCCUGCUUCUAGGUAUAAGAACUAUAACGAGAGAAGCUUAAUUUGGUGAACAUUUUCUUUGAAAAGCACAGAAACCCCUCUUGGGUUUCAUACCCAGCAGCUUUCUUUUGAAUGAACAGCAUUAUCCCGUGUUCUGAACCAAGGGGGAAUAAGCAGUCAUAUUUGACCAGUCACAUCAGUUUAAAAUUACCUGCUUUGCUCAUGCAGAUAAUUAGAUUAUAAAGGUCUGAUGUCCUUUUUACAGUUUGCUGUAUCUAACCGUCUUCUCUCUUCAGCUGGCAAGCUGACAACAGACGACUUGAACUCUCUCAUUGCUCAUGCUCACCGACGUAUAGACCAACUCAACAAGGAGCUGGUGGAGUUGAGAGUCCGAGAACAGCAGCACAUUGAGACAGCCCUGGAAAAGCAGAAACUGGAAGAUAAAAAAGCUUUUGAGUCAGCAGUGGCAAAGGCACUAGAACGUCAUAAGAGUGAAAUCCAAAGUGAACAGGAAAAGAAGGUAAGCACUGUGCUUAUUUUUCAGUCUUGUCAUGAACAUUCUCUGUGCAUGUAUGCAUGCAGCUGCUGCACACACAUUUUUAGUCGUUUCAAAGGGAAGAACACAGAAUGUUAAUUCUGCUGAGUAAUAUGAGCAGAUCUCUGUACAGCUUUGUACACUGUGGAUCUGGUUCUCGAUAGGUUUUUAGUACAUACUUUCAGUUACUCGGUUGCACUGCCCAGGGACCCACCUUAGACACAAGAUCCAUCUACCAGCAGACACAGUCAAAGGAAGCAUUUGGACCAAUUAAUAAGUGGAACUGGCUGCAGCAACUGAGACAGCUAAGCAGUUGCUGUGAUGCGAGGAGUUCAGAAAUAAGGUGCAGUUCCUGGCAAAUUUAUGGGAAAAGGCCAUUCUCUGUGCAUCAUCAAACCAGUAUGACCAUGCACCCAUCUAAAAACUCUUUUUUAACUGUCUUCUUCAGUCACUAAUAAGUCUUGUAAAAAUCCUGAAAAAGCUGCUCCUUUAAGAAAAUAAUGUACCUGCAUUUUAUUGUAAAAGAAGGAAACAUAAGAAAGUGCUCAACAGGUUUCUUUGUAUGCACUCCCUUGAACCUCCCCAGCGUAUUCACAAUGAGACACCUUUUUUACCUUUUGCAACUUUUUAAAUUAGACUUCAGAGGACAGAUUCAUUUUAAGCCUGUUUUGCUUUCAAAAGCACUCUUAGCUCUUUUUAAAGAUGGGGAAGGCAGUCAGAAAUUUCAGAACGGUUGUUGUGGCGACAAAUUCAGCAAUGUAUUAGUUCACGUGACACAGCACUGUUUACCAGGGUUUUGUAGAUCUCUUAGGGAAUAGGUCCCAUUUCUUAGAUAAAAUUGCGUCUUUGUCCAGUGGCUCAGGUGUGGGUAUCUGUUCCUGUAAAAUCAGCUAAUUACAUGGGUCCCUAAUAGGCUACAAAGUGGUGACUGCUAGUGACUUUUUGGCAGGUUGAAGAAGCCAGAGAAGUAAUGGAGACUGAAAUGAGGACUCAGCUCCGCCGGCAGGCUGCUGCACAUGCUGAUCACUUGAGAGAUGUGCUCAAAAUCCAAGAGCAAGAACUCAAGCUGCAAUUUGACCAGGUGGGGUUUGUGAUAUGAUUGUGAAGGGUCCGUUGGCUUUGAGUGCAGCGUUUUGCUUCACUAUAGUCUCAAAAGACUUGCCUUUUUAAUGCAUUUUUAAUCUUUUGUUGGAAGCUGCCCAGAGUGGCUGGGGAAACCCAGCCAGAUGGGCAGGGUAUAAAUAAUAAUAAUAAUAAUAAUAAUAAUAAUAGCCUUCUUAAAAUCUUGAUCCCAGCCAUGAUAAUGCAGAAGUGCCAUUGAUCUAAGCUGAAGUUGUUUCUAUGUAAGUGCUCAAGACUGUGCAUUUGUGGAUUCAUUUCCGCUGACCUCAGCAAACACAUGAUUUAAUUGCAAGUAUAUGUGGGACAAUAUGUUUUAUUACAUACUCGAUGUCCUAAAUCCGAUUCCAGGCACAAAGGUGGCAAAAAUUAUUUGUUGUAGCGUGGCUUUUUCUUUUCUCCAUCAGGACAGGCUCUAUCAUAAAUCAUUUUAAAUAUUAAUGGAAAUAAGACGGUUUUUUGAUGCUACAAAGUACACUGCCCCGCUCAAAUAGGCACUAAAAAUCUGACAUCUUUAGAAAUGGUUCUUAAGAAGAUGAUCGCUGGUGUAGCAGCGUUCGAAGCUCCCAUUGUUCUAGGCGUGUUUUGCGACAGGGAAUUUCAUUAAAAAUGAGCAGUUUCUGAGCUCCGGGCACAGUACUGCACUUAAUAUUUCAGAAAACUGCCACUGAUGGAAGUAAAGAGGACCUUUUUCUGCCUCCUCUUCCAGCCACUCUCUGAAAACUGGAGAAGGGACCCUCAUAAUAAUAUUAAGGGGGCGGGCAGUGGAAGUAUGUUUUUUGCAGUCUUACAAUGAGAACUAGACCAUGUGAAAAAUGAACAUAAGAUUUUAGCUGCAGUUCAUUCAUUUUCAGCUUUGUAUUGUUAUAAAAGAGUGCACCUAGACACUCCAUUGUGGCGCCCAUAACCUAGGUUUAAGGUGCUGUUUAGCUCCUAGCUUUCACAUCUCAGUUUCUAACACUGUGGUGUACUCGCCUUGGGAAGAUGAUAGUGUUCAUGAAAGCUUAUUUUGAUACUGUGUUUGGUUUCAGGACUUGUCGGAAAAACUCAGUGAACAAGAAAUGCAGUAUAAACGCCUUACUCAGGAACAGCUUGACAAUUUCACUCUGGACAUCAACACAGCCUAUGCCAGGCUGAGGGGAAUUGAGCAGGCCGUUGAAAGUGAGUAUGGGAAAUCUGACAGGAGUGUGCUGUCUGGCUAAUUUCGUUUUCUGAUUGAGUAACCCUGAUCUAGGGACGCGGGUGGCGCUGUGGGUUAAACCACAGAGCCUAGGACUUGCCGAUCAGAAGGUCGGCGGUUUGAAUCCCCAAGACGCGGUGAGCUUCCGUUGCUCGGUCUCUGCUCCUGCCAACCUAGCAGUUCGAAAACACGUCAAAGUGCAAGUAGAUAAAUAGGUAUCGUUCCUGCGGGAAGGUAAACGGCGUUUCCGUGCACUGCUCUGGUUCGCCAGAAGCAGCUUAGUCAUGCUGGCUACAUGACCCGUAAGCUGUACACCGGCUCCCUUGGCCAGUAAAGCGAGAUGAGCGCCGCAACCCCAGAGUCGGCCACGACUGGACCUAAUGGUCAGGGGUCCCUUUACCCUUUACCUUUAACCCUGAUCUAUCAUACUAGCUCCAAGCAUGCCAAUACGCCCUGGAACCUGGUGUGGUUGGUUGGAAUGGUGAGAGGCAGUCCCUGCAGCUGAUCUCUUUGUCAUGCACAAAGAGGCAGAUGCUACCACUUGCACGGAUUGUGGGAACAAAUUGUGAUCUCCCUCUGCUUCAUGUGCGGCUCUCUGCUCCUGAUGGUAUUCAACUACAGUGGUACCUCGGGUUAAGAACUUAAUUCGUUCUGGAGGUCCGUUCUUAACCUGAAACUGUUCUUAACUUGAUGUGCCACUUUAGCUAAUGGGGCCUCCCGCCGUGCCGCCACGCAGUUUCUGUUCUAAUCCUGAAGCAAAGUUCUUAACCCGAGGUACUAUUUCUGGGUUAGUGGAGUCUGUAACCAGAAGCGUCUGUAACCCGAGGUACGGUAGUACCAUUAAAUUAUUAAAUUCAGAAUAUAUACAGUGGUACCUCGGGUUACAUACGCUUCAGGUUGCAGACGAUGAGAACAGAAAUCGCGCGGCGGUGCAGCGGCAGCAGGAGGCCCCAUUAGCUAAAGUGGUACCUCAGGUUAAGAACAGUUUCAGGUUACGAAUGGACCUCCAGAACGAAUUAAGUUCUUAACCAGAGGUACCACUGUAUAUUUUACUGAAUACACCAAUGACCUUAUUGGACCUAACUUAUUAAUUUCAGAGAGUCUGCUCCACACCAAAAUUCUGGCAUGACCCUUUGUGAAUUGGGAGCGGGUUGAAGGACUUUGCAACGAUGUGAUACACUCAAGCUGAAAAUGCUAGACCCGGAUAACUCUGGUUCUUUUCCAUCGUAUGUGAUGUAUUUAGAGGAGGCUUCAAGAGUUAAUCUCCAGCCACUAAAGAGAGAAUUGCCAGACCAAAUCAGCAGAUGCUCAGGCACACUUUCCCCCCUCUUCUCUAUGACAGAAUGUGGCGGGAAGGUGCUUCCCUUCUGUAGAUAACAUCCAGAGGUCAACUUGGAAAGGCCAGAUAUCAGUAGAUGCUUUGCUUGCUCCUGCAGGCUGCCAAAUGACCAGUCUGCACAGCAGGAUUUGCCAACCUGGUUCCCCCAGGCUUUGGACUAGAACUCCCAUCAGCCAGACAGGUUGGCGGAGCCUGCUAUACAUAAACAGCUUUAAGCAAACUAAGGCCCACCUUAAUUUGAGAGCUGGUGCAGUGCAUGGGAUAUGAAAUUUGAGUCGUGAUGUCACUGGCUCAGGUGUAUCCUGUUGCAAGCCAUCAUUCUGUCCGAGCCAUGCACUGAAGUACAGUGGUACCUCGGGUUACAUACGCUUCAGGUUACAGAUUCCGCUAACCCAGAAAUAGUGCUUCAGGUUAAGAACUUUGCUUCAGGAUGAGAACAGAAAUUGUGCUCCGGCGGUGUGGCGGCAGCGGGAGGCCCCAUUAGCUAAAGUGGUGCUUCAGGUUAAGAACGGACCUCCAGAACGAAUUAAGUACUUAACCCGAGGUACCACUGUACUGAUCUCACCCUACGAAGCUACUUCUGUUGGGGUUCUUGAGCUAAUGUCUGAGCCACUUAAUCGCUCUUUAAAAGUGGACUUGCUGUUAAGCCACUGUGGGAUUUUAUGUUACAGGCCAUGCUGUUGCUGAGGAGGAAGCCAGGAAGGCCCAUCAGCUGUGGCUUUCGGUUGAAGCUCUGAAGCAAAGUAUGAAAACUGCUUCUGGAGACAGUCCCACUGAGCCCCUGGAGAGUGCAGUAGAAGCCAUCCAGACCAGCUGUUCUGACAACACGUUCACCCAGGCCUUAACAGCUGCACUUCCACGGGAAUCGCUCAGUCGAGGAGUGUACACGGAAGAGGCACUAAGGGCACGCUUCCACACUGUCGAAAAGCUGGCGAAGAGGGUGGCCUUGAUAGACGAAACGAGAAACAGCUUGUAUCAAUACUUCCUCUCUUACCUCCAAUCCCUUCUCCUCAUGCACCCUCAGCAGCUGAAGCCGCCUUCUGAGCUAGGCCCCGAAGACCUGGACACAUUUAAGUUGCUCUCUUACGCAUCCUAUUGCAUCGAACAUGGAGACCUGGAGCUGGCAGCUAAGUUUGUCAAUCAGUUGAAAGGGGAAUCCAGGAGAGUGGCUCAGGACUGGCUGAAUGAAGCUCGGAUGACGCUAGAGGCAAAGCAAGUGGUGGAUAUCCUGACUGCCUAUGCCACUGCUGUGGGUUUAGGAACCACUCAGGUGGACUGAUGCAGAUGAGCUAUGCAAGGCUACCGUGUCUUCAGAACCACACAAAUGCAAGAUUCGUUAACAGUGCCGGGGAGGAAACCAAAGGUUUAGAUCUAGGAGGUUUUGAAACCGUACCAGAGUUGUGAUGUCACUUGGCAAGACGUGGUGUUCUGUCUCUAGUUUUCUUCUCACUUAGCACCGGUUGCAUUUGUAUCUCCCCUCCCCCCCUCAGCCAUUUAUCAUGUCUGGAAUGUUUUUUUUGCAACUUGCAUAACAAAAAUUUAUGUUUCCAGGUAACUGAUCAGGCUUGUGAGCCAACCAAAAUAAUGUUUAUAACCUCUAUUACUGAUUCACCCACUUGGUGCACUUAAAUAAAUGGUGUUAAACCCACCAUCUUGCUUUUCCUCCCC